AUGGUAUCGAACAACCAAACAAGCCAAGUAGGGGAGACUUUUCGUCAGGCUACUUGUAUAUCAACAGGAGUGAUAUCUCUUUUUCUAGCCAUCUUCACAAGCGCCGGGAAUGGUUUUCUUCUCUACGUACUGCAUAAAGAUCCACUAAAAGUUCUUCGUAGACCAGUGACUGUCUUCAUUGGGGCACUAGCUGUCGUUGACUUUUUAACAGGGGCAUUUUCAGACUUCGCCUUCGCUGCUCAUGAGUUUGACUGCGCUAUGGGCGCAAAUAAUUAUCCAGGAGCGAUUGGGAACUUUUCCGGAAUCGCCUACUUCUUCACUGUUAACAGUGCUCUCCUUCUCGUCGCUGCUUUGUCCGUGGAAAGAUUAAUCGCGGUGGCCUUUCCCCACUACUACUACCGAAAUUAUGUUACCAAAAGAAAGAUCUUCAUUGUGGUAGCAGUUAUCUAUACCCACUCCUUUGUGUUCGCAAUGCUUCAACUGGCGAAAAUCCCCAACCAAAUUUACCACAACCUUGACCUUAACAUUCACAUCAGUUUCCCAGUAGCAACAGUAUCUAUUACCUACGGGGCCAUUUAUGUGAUUUUCCGAAAAAGACGCCUAAGAAUCGAUACCCACAAAUCAGGAGAAAACGCUACCCAAAGGAAUGCAUCAGUCGUUGUCGAAAGCUCAGAUGUUAGACGUCAAAUCCGAAAUCUCAAGAUUGAACAGCAGCUCGUUUCAACUGCUUUUAUUAUAUUAUUGUGCAUGAUCGUAGCUUUGAUUCCGUAUCUAGUUUUUGUGUACGUAGAGAUUGAAUGUCCCAGCUGCAUCGAUACUGAAUGGUUCUUUGCAGGCAGGCGCCUGUGCGUUCCAUUUCUCUUCAGCAACAGCGCGGUUAAUCCGCUAAUAUAUGCCCACAGGCUGCAACAUUACAAAAACUCAUUUCGUGCUAUACUCAUAGAUUCGCAAUCUCGAGUUAUAUCACUAACUAGCCAUAUAUAUAUGAAACAAAAAUCGGUUGUUCCGACGCAGAGCAUACGAGAAACUCCUUCACCUUGA